UAAUUUCAAUGUUACACUAAUUAUACUUAGGAAAAUGCUAACUAACUAUACUUAUCCACAUGGAUCUAUAUACAUAUUCUUUGCCUCCAACUUGUGCUAAGCUUCAUCACACAUUUUCAUAUAUAAAGCUGGUUAUUUAUGAGAGCAUAUAGGCUAUAGUUUCCUUCAACUCACAUUAUGGGGAAACUUGGUAAAAUGUUGGACAAUUUCUGUCUUUCUUCUGGUUCAAACUCAUGCUUCUGUCUAAAUUCCAUAAAUUUUGAUGAUGAGUUUGAGAGUAAGCCCUUGAUUGCAAGUGACAGAGAUGAUCAAAAACUACUAUUGAAAGAUGUUGUUGCUGGAAAGCAAACAUUGGCUUUUCAAUUGAAACCUAAGAUGGUAAUAUUGAGGGUUUCCAUGCAUUGCCAUGGCUGUGCAAGAAAAGUUGAGAAACAUAUAUCAAAGCUUGAAGGAGUGAGCUCAUAUAAGGUAGAUCUAGACACCAAAAUGGUUGCUGUCAUUGGCGAUAUUCUUCCGUUGGAAGUGUUGCAAAGUGUAUCCAAAGUUAAAAAUGCACAGUUUUGGAAUUCCACUUAAGAAAAAAUAUAUAUUCUGCAUUGCUAAACUCCACCGGCAUUAGACAAAAGUAGACAUACUCUGUCCUUUUGUUAUUUCAUGAAGAGUAUAUAAUAAUAAUAAUAACAUUAUUAUUAUUAUUAAAUAAUCAAUACUCCGUGCCAUGCAUGUUCUAGCAAUUCUCUUGCAGGAAAGAAAACAAUGGAAUGCUGGUUGAUCUUUCUCCAGCUCGGUCAUGCACAUUUUGCUCUAUGGUGCAGAAGCUGUAGGAAUUCAAUUUGAUGUUUUGUGUAUGAGAAAUGAGAAUGCACAUCUUUUAAUUGGUAAAUUUGGUUAAAGUUCUGAAUGUAAGGAAGACAUUAGCAUAAUUAAUGGCCAUUUUAUUUGACUGUGGA